UUUUCAAACUCAGUCCGUUUCGAGAGCUCGCUUGCGCUGGACGUGUGUGCCGUCGUGGUGCCCGCGUCGUGUCAUCAGAAUCCGUCCGUGUGUUUGUCCGCGGUUGCGCGUCGGUCUCAGCAAAGAGAAUCCGGCAUCUUCCGGAAUUCCAAAAAAAAAAAGCAGCCGUUGAUGACUCAAAAGUGUGAUUAAAAGUGGUCGUGGAUUUGCGUUAAGUUUGUUGAAAAGUUGAGGAAAAAUCCUGUCCCAAAGAGGAGGAAAGAAAAAGGAAACGAAGAGGAAUGAAAAAAAGUUUCAACGGGCGGCAGGUGGUUGUUCUUAAAUGUUUGCUUGUGUGAGUGUUGCGAAGAGACCCCGAGCAAAAAGUCCGAGCGCCUCCUCCGUCUGUCAGAUUUACCUGUGGUGGAAGUGUGUGUGAGUGAGGGGAGAUUGUGUUGUUGUUGUUGUUUUUGGAAUCCUUGAUUGGAUUUGGAAUCGACUUAAUUGAUCGCGCGCAGUUGGAAGUCUAUUUUUUGGAAAACUAAUUGCUGUUGGAAGAAAAACAAGUUCAAACUUGAAACUGCAGCAACGAGAAAAGGAGCACUUUGCAGACAAAACACGCACAAAACAAGAAAAAAACACACAGAUUCUGUUUGACCUCACCGCGACGAAAACGGUUGAAGGUUGUUAUGGUAACGGUCGCGGAAUAACAAAAGCCGUCAGCAGCGCAGGUGUGCGAAAUGUCAAAACAUAUUGCGCUGGUCCUGAAUUUGACGUCGAUGGAUGGGCGCCAGGUGUGAAGAACCCGCAGCAGCAGCCGUCCCCGUUCCGGAAGUGGUUCCACCGCCGAAAUCAUGAGUAUCUUUGAUGAGCUGUGGUGAAAAGUGUGUGUCUAUCUGUUUUGAUGAUUUUGAUUUGUGAUUGUUCGAGUGCAUCGAAAGAGUAGUGAACGAUUUUUUGAGGAAGAAAAAAACAAAUCAACGAAAAUAAGGUCAACAAUCAUGAAGGUGACGGUGUGCUUUGGGGCCACACGGUUCGUGGUGCCGUGUCCCCCCGGGACCACGGUGCGCAAGCUGGAACAGGAGGCCGUCGUGCGGUACAAGCGAAAGAACCCGGAGUCAUGGGUCGUGGUGCACCACCUGCAGUCCGAGUCCGGCAUCCUCGAUCCGGACGACCAAAUCAGCGAUGUGGCCGACGACCGGGAGGAGCUCAUCGCUGCCUACGAGGACUGCCCGGGCGGUCUAGAUCCGGGUGUUCCCCAGGGCGGUGGAGAUGGUGCCAGCGGUAGCUCCGUAGGCACCGGCUCCCCGGACAUAUUCCGCUCCGAACCCGGUAAGUACGGUCCGGAAAGCUCGACACCUCACAUUGAGGUCACCUCCACGGCGGAACCUCCCAUGGGCCUCGGCCUGCAAGUCAGACGUGGUAGCGAACCCUCGCUGCACCAAAUCGGAGUCACGGAUCAGCGCAGUCCGCUGUACAACGUGAGUCCAAACGGAGGUUCCCACCCGGACACGAAACGGUGGUCGGCGGCACCGGUCUGCCGCAGUGACACCGAACCCCCGGAACGUCUACUCUCCCCCUCGAACGGGGUCGUCGCGUACAUGUCACCCGAGUGGAACGUCCUGCCGGAGGAGGAAUCUCACGACAGUCUGCCGCAGCAGUUCAGCCGCUCCGGAAGGCUGUCGAUGCAGUUCUUGGGCGCGGAAGCCACCGCCAACGGGUACCGGUGGAUCGAUGCCGCAGAGCGGGCCGCGGCCAACGUUAGCUACAACGGUGUCGGUACGAGCAGCAGUGCCAACAGCAGCUUCAACUCCAAAUCGCUGCCGAGGGAGUCCAAGCGGAAGGAACCACUUGGGCAGGCGAACGCCUCCGUGUACGAGUCGAUCCGGGAGAAGGACGGCGAAAUGCUCCUGGUGGUGAACGAAAACGGCGGUCCCCUGGGUCUCUCGGCCAUCCCAGACCCGGACUACGGUGGACUGCUGGUGCAGAGCGUGGAACCGGGCAGCCGGGCCGACCGGGGGCGGGUCCGGCGCGGCGAUCGCAUCCUCGAAAUCAACAACAUCAAGCUGUUCGGCCUCUCGGAGAGUUCCGUCCAGGAACACCUCAUGAAGAGUCUGUCGUCGCCGGAGCUGCGGCUGCGGGUGAUCCGGGCCGGGUCCGCCCGGCAGAACAAGCGCGACAACCGCGUCUCGCAGAUGAUCGAAGCGGAGGAGAAGCCGGUCGGGGCGAAGGUGGCGACGGUGUCACCUACGCGGAAGGUUCCGGGUGCGCCGUCGGGGAUUAGUCUUCAGACCGCGAAUACGCGGAAGCUCGGCAAGCGGAUAGAGAUCUCGCUGAAGAAGGGCGUCAAUGGGUUGGGCUUUUCGGUGACGACGCGGGACAACCAGGCCGGUGGCCAGUGUCCGAUCUACAUCAAGAACAUCCUGCCGAAGGGCGCCGCCGUCGAGGAUGGACGACUGAAGCCGGGCGACCGGCUGCUCGAGGUGGACAGCGUCCCGAUGACCGGCAAGAGUCAGAGCGAGGUGGUGGCUAUUCUGCGCGCGACCGAGUACGGAGCAACGGUUAAGCUGGUCGUGUCCCGGCAGACGGAACUCGCGGAAGUGGAGGAGCGGGAAAUUGGUUGCGGCGUGGAAAGCGAGAAGAGUACCCCUCCGAAACCUCCGCCACCGGUGCUCCCCAAGUCAUCGCUGAAGCAGUCGUCCCGUGCACGGUCCGAGGAAUUGCUGGACGUGAACGACUCCCCCACCAGUCGUGGACCACCGCCGAUUCAGAAGAAACCUCUCACGUCGAUCCUGAAGUCCGCCUCGACCAACCAGGUGUCGGAACUGUUUCAGGAUCAACCGUUGCAAGCGUCGUCGGCGUCGUCUGGCUCGAGGACGGCCGCGCCCGGUGGUUUCCAGUGGAAGAAUCGGGAGAUACUGACGCUGCACAUCCCGGUUUACGACACGGAGAAGGCCGGGCUGGGCGUUAGUGUGAAGGGUAAGACGGGAUCUGGGAAUAGUAGCAACGGAAGCUCGGGUUCGGGCAGUAAACACGACGGAGAUCUGGGGAUCUUCGUGAAGAGUGUGCUGCACGGUGGGGCGGCGAGCCGCGAUGGACGGUUGAAGAUGAACGAUCAGCUGUUGAGCGUGAAUGGGGUGUCGUUGCUGGGGCAGUCGAACGCCGAAGCGAUGGACACGCUGAGGAAGGCCAUGCUGCAGACGGGAGGAACGAAUCAUCCGGGCAAGAUCAUCUUGACGGUGGCACGUCGUAUUGGUCGACCUGUUAGCACGGGAGAACUGCUGGAGUCGAUCGACAACUCCAACUCCAGUGAUCAAUCGGGAGCGACCGUGAUCUACGUCACCUCGGACAAGCAGCAGCAGCCAUCGAGCGAGAAGCAGCAGCAGAACAAGCGCUACAGCAAUCCGGUGCUAGAUCGGCUUACCGGAGGAACCGGCCAGGGCAACCUGCAGUCCACAGGUGCCGGCGGUAGCAACGGCAGUCUCAACCCGAACAGUGCCAGCGGAAGUCCCAUCAACCAAAGAACGACGGCUGCGGCGGCGAAUCUCCACGCGCUACGCAACGAAAGCUACUACAUGGCCACCAACGACCAGUGGAGCCCGGCGGGGGUGAAUCUCAACGGAAGCAACGCGGUCCUGAUCGAGGAAGAUCCGGAACCGACCUCACCAACAUUCCACCUUUCUCGACCCUCGGAUGGAGCCAACUCCACGUCAACGCCCAUCGGAGACGUCACGUACGCCAGUCAGCUCUCGCUGGACACGAACCCACCGGCGGUGGACGCCUUCAGCCGGGACGCGAUCGGUCGCCGAUCGAUGUCCGAGAAGCACCACGCCGCGUUGGACGCGCGUGAAACCGGAACCUAUCAGCGCAACAAGAAGCUCCGCGAGGAACGCGAGCGUAAGCUCAACUCGUCCAACGGGACGGGAGGUUCCGUCGAGUCGUUGACCGCCCAGAUGGGUCGCAUGAACAGCCUCAAGACCAAGUCCGAACUGCGAGCGGAGGCGCUCGAUCGGCUGGGCGAGCUCGGACCUUCGCUCGGUAUGAAAAAGUCGUCCAGCUUGGAGUCGCUGCAAACGAUGGUGCAGGAGAUCCAGAUGGCGGACGAACCGCGCGGUCCGAACGCGCUGCGAACGCCGCGAGGUCGCGGCCGGGAAGAGAUCCUGCGAGCGGCCGUGGAACGACCGGAGACGCAACCCAAAAAGCACUGGCUCCUCGAGGACGCCGCCCCCGAGGUUGACUCCGGCGGUUUCGUCCGCCGCGGAAGUCCGUUCCAGUCCUCCCUGAACGACGGCAAGCACGGCGCCAAAAACCGCCCGAAAAAGAACGGCCUGUUCCGCGGCAUCGGUCACAUGUUCCGGUUCGGCAAGCACCGCAAGGACGGCAUCGCCCCCAUCGCGGACAACGUCCCCGCAGAUUACACCGCCGGCGGAUGGAGCGAAGCGCCAACCAACCCAACCGCUCAGCAAAAGACGCAAACGCUGACCGUGAAGAACAACAGCUCGAAAACGAACGCGACGCCAGCGUCGUCGACGACGACGACCGCCGCUACCAACGGUCCAACUCCGAACGGAACGAACCUGUCGAACGGUGGCGCCCCGACGAAGGGCACCAACUCCAUCGAGCGAUCCGCCAGUUCCGGGGUGGUCGUGAGCCAUCCUCCGCUGUACCAGCCACCGCCUCCUCCCCCGAACCAACAGCAUCCGCAGAAUGGGGCGGUUCCGACGUCGAUUCACCACACGGACGUGUUCAACCAUCGGUAUUCGCACUACGUGAAUUACGAGGAGCUGCAGCAGCAGAUUAGUCGACGUCACCAUCACUAUCAUUCCCAAAGAUCAACCCGGAACACCCCUCCGGUGGACAUUGCCAUGCAUCAGCAGCAGCAGCAGCAACUGGCCGCGGCCCAGAAGCUGAAACAGGCCCGCCCCGUGUCCAGCUAUUACGACGCAUCGCCCACGUACGAGACGAUCCAGCACAACGGCCUCGGCGGAUCUCAGCGCAAGACCAGCCUGCCAUCGUCCCCGGUUAAGCAGCAGCAGCCUCAGCAGACCAACUGGAACGGGACCAUUUCGUCGAACGGCAGCGGAGGAACGCCGAACGGAGGCGGCUAUCCGGUGAACCACGGAUCGAUCCGCAGCCGGGGACCGUUCGUGACGCAGGUGCAGAUCCAGAACCAGAUGUCGUAUCAGUAGUGCGGGGGAGGACCGUGUCUCGACCCUUUUGUUUUAUUUUUUUUCUGCGUUUUUUUCACGUGCGAUUAAAAAAAUGAUGUUUUAAAUCAUUUUUUUAGUUACCAUUAAUCUUAGGGUUAUCAUUUUCGUCUUUUUUUUUAAACUGAAGCGAACGAAAAAUGAACGCGUUUUACUACUUAACUAAAAAAAGAAAACAAUUUAAUUACUACAAUAUUUCAUUUCCCCUUCCCUCAAACUAGCAGCUAAUGAAACGAGAAUACUUAAUCGAUUAAACAUCCCCCUCCUUGGACGUUAGAUCUAAAGCUAAGCUCAAAACCAGCUUGUAAAUUAUUGUACUGUAAUUCAUUCAUCGAAAUUAAUUUGUACAUAUUUAAAACUUUAAAAAGACAAACGAAAUCUUCAUGGAAAUGUAAUGCUUUCAAAACGGAAAAAAGUGGUGUAAUUUUGCUUCGGAGGUGUCCCCCCGCUGUUAAUAUAUUUGUAUGCAAAUAAAUGUAUUAUUAAAUAAUAUGCAAAACACGAAAAUCAAGCUUGAUCGGACUUUAUUCACCUCAACAGGAUGCAGCCACCGUCCGUCAGAUAGAAAAAAAAACGUCAACGCCACCGUCCGGUUAGAAAAAAGACACACAUGCCUUCACAUAUAAAAACGUGGUAUUGAAAAUGUACUUAAACCAAGCGUUGGUAUUCACACGCUUAAAAAAGAAAGAAAAAGAUAUAUGUUUAUCUAACUAUGUGUAUCGAAGAUGAAAGAUUAACUCUGUAUAAUGUAUAUGUACUGCUACUACUCAAAACGUUGGACAAUACAGCGAAAAGUGUAAAGUAUUCGAAAGAUUAA